AGAAAUAGACUUCCGGCCGAACCUUCUCCCUCCAUCCUGCUCAGUUUCCCCUCCGUUUACUGUUCCUCCCAUUUCCCUUCCUUCUCCUUCUCCUCAUCAUUCUUCCCACCUCCCCUCUCCCAGGCCAACCCAGAACUACCUCUUCUACUUGACUUACUUGAACCACUUGAGCCAACCAACCAAUAGCCAGUAUGGUCACUAAUUGGAAAAAGCAAAUGCCGCCCAAGCGUCCUCCCCCGGCCGUACAAGAGAAGGGAAAGGGGCCAGCUGUGUACCCCAAUGGCGAGUAUCUCUGUCAACAAGAGGAGUAUCAUGACAUAAUGGAACAUCAUUUUAUGAUGGGCGUGCUUACACGACCUCAUAUACGAUCCGCUCCGGAAAUAGUCCGCAACGGCUUUAGUCUGCUCGCUCUACGCGUCCAGGACUGGGCCAUGGCAUGGGGUGAGAGCAAGCCAAUGUACCGUCUCUCUGAUGAUGACAAACGGAUGAUCAUUGCAAGUCUGGAUGGUUUUUGCAUCCAAGAUGACUGGGACAGUAUAUAUUCCUCUCUUCCCCCUGGCGGUCGUGCUGAAUUUGGGAUUGUUUUGUUGGAAACCAUGAUGAAUAAGUUCAUCUAUGAUAAAUUUGCCGCCUCCACAUUCUGGUUCAUGGAUGCAAAAAUGGAUGCUGCUGACCAGGAAGGAGACGACAACUUCUGCAAACGACUCGACUAUGUCUAUGAGAGGUUCAAAGAAACAUUGCCCAAAGACGCAGCCUGGUGGAAGUCGACCCUCGUGAGCGUAUGUAUGCUCAGCGCGACAGAAUGGGGGUACAACAAAGCCCCUCCCACACCACUCCUUCAUGCGACACUGGAACGCCGGAAGGCCCUUCUCAAGGCGUAUGGAGACGAACUGCUAGCGAGCCAGACAUUCCAGCUCUUAUUCCGAGGCUCACUGAGCGAGGAAGAUCAGGCCAUACGCGAAGAAAGAACUCGCGAAGUCCUAGAGGAAGCUGCCCAUCAGUUCACCAGUCUCCAAGGCGAUAUGUUUGGCAAUCUUGUAGUUGAACUACUGCCUGACCUUCCGACCUUUGAUCGCCAUGCCAAUAACAUGGAUCAUCAUAUCCUUCACGUCGGCUUCAUGCCUCACCACGGUGCUCGGGUUCUAAUCGUGACACGCCCGCACUACAGCUAUCAUGACAUUGUAGCGACCAAUGGUUGGCAAUCUCGGCCUCCUCUCCAGAUCGUUACCGCAAGGGUCCUGACGGCGCCUAAGGGGCCCAAAGCUCGGGCUCGAUGGGCUGCUGCUGGCGAUAAGCCCAAUUAUGCCGCGCAGGGUCACACCAAUACCGCAGAGAAGGAGGGAUUGAACCAAGAGGAAGCUGUUGAUGAGGGUAGUGAUGGUGAAUACAAGCCACGGAAGUUGCGGAGGACAUAUUUGCGAGGGGCUGAAGAUGAAUGAGGGGUAUUAGCCUGGGAGUAGACGGACGGGUGUUUGUCGUUGAUAUAGGGGCUCUAUAUGAUUUCUACUGUGCUUCAGAUCUGUCUCUUCCUUCCUUUCUUUUAUCGUUUCAUUUCAUCGCUUGUGUAUCUCUGUCAUUCAUUCCUUUCCCAUAAAUAGAU